GUGAUCGACUGUCAUGUCUUCAUCCACACGCAUUGGGAAACACAUGGUGGCGAAGUGGCUCCAUACAGAGUGCAGUUCGCCAGUAAUCAGAUGUGUUUUCUUAAUAGUUACAGUCUAACAAUAUAAAAUGUCGCAGGUACAGGCCCGGUUCUUCACCGAAAAUACAAAGUAUCUGAUAGAUGAUGUUCCAUUCUCCAUCCCUGCUGCCUCGGAGGUGGUGGACCUCAGUGGUGUCAUCAACAAACUGCUGGAAGCUAAGAAUGAUGGACACAAACAUGUUGAGUUUGAUUUCCUGGUUCGAGGUCAGUUUCUCCGCACCUCACUGGCCAAUCACAUGGAGACAGAGAACAUCUCAACGGAAGAAGUGGUGGAAAUAGAGUAUGUAGAGAAGUUCACAGCCCCGCAGCCAGAGGAGUGUAUCAUGCAUGAUGACUGGAUCAGCUCCGUGGAGGCAGAUUCUGAAUGGAUCCUCACAGGCUCUUUUGAUAAGACUGCACGGAUUUGGUCUAUGGAAGGGAAGGCAGUGAUGACUGUGGCUGGACACACUGAUGUUGUGAAGGAUGUAGCCUGGGUGAAGAGAGAUGGUCUGAGCUCUCUGCUCCUGACCGCAUCUCUGGAUCAAACAAUCAUGUUGUGGGAGUGGAAUUCCGAACGGAACAAAGUGAAGGCCCGACACUGUUGCCGUGGACACGCAGGAAGUGUAGACACAGUUGCUGUCGACCCCCACCAGGACAAAGGUUUGUGUUUUUGCAGUGGCUCAUGGGACAAAAUGCUUAAGAUAUGGUCAGCAGUGCCAACAGAGGAAGAGGAUGAGAUCGAGGAACCCAACAGGCCACGCAAAAAACAGAAAACAGAGCAGAUGGGGCUCACGCGGACUCCCCUCAUGACUUUCUCUGGUCAUAAUGAGGCAGUGUCCUCUGUGCUCUGGAUGGACGCUGAGGAGCUGUGCAGUGCAUCAUGGGAUCACACCAUCCGUCUAUGGGAUGCAGAGACUGGUGGACAGAAGAAUACAAUAACGGGGAGUAAGGUUUUCAGCUGUAUCUCAUACUCUCCACUGUGUCGCCGUCUGGCCUCGGGCAGCACUGACAGACAUGUGCGUCUGUGGGACCCGAGAUCUAAAGACGGCUAUCUAGUUCUCCUGUCUCUAACGUCCCAUAACGGUUGGGUGACGGCAGUCAGGUGGUCUCCAUCUCACGAGCAUCAGCUGGUGUCAGGAUCUCUAGAUAAUGUGGUCAAACUGUGGGACACAAGGAGCUGUAAAGCUCCACUGUAUGAUCUUGCUGCCCAUGAAGACAAAGUAAUGUGCGUUGACUGGACAGAGAAUGGGCUGAUUUUGAGUGGAGGAGCAGAUAACAAACUCUACACAUACAGAUACUCGGCAUGUGUCUCGGAUGCAGGAGCGUAGAACAGUCUUCUCUGGUGCCUGUUGUCAUUUUACUUUGGAAACGUCGUGGGAACAUAAGCAACAUCAACUUUUACUUUAUAGACCAGCUACAAACAUACAACAAAGCCUUACGAGAGACAAACACAUAGUUCAUGAACAAAUUUCUGUGCAAAUCACGUGUAAAGCUAUUCUUAUGUGCAUUGUCACAUUCAGUUCAUUGGAGUGCUUUACAUAUGAAUGAAGGGUUUCAAGGAUCAUUUGCUCUAAUUUGAUGAGCUUCUGUUCAGUGAAUUAAACCUAAUUGUCUCAUCCAAC